UAUGAUAUAAUUUUAGCAAGGAUAUGUUUUAAUCAUUUUGACGAAAAUUGCUUCGAAAUGAAAUUGACGAAACCAAAAUUUAAAAAAUACACCAAUAAAAGAAUUGCGACGAUUAAAAAAGGAUUCUAUUCCAUCAAAACUGUUAGUUCUAGAAAGAAAAAGAAAAGAAAUGUCACAAAAUGAAGAAAAUAUUAAAAUGAACAAAAGAAGUAAAAUACCAAUAAGAACCGGUAUACCUACAUACGUGGAACUUGUUCAAUAUGCACAGGAAAGAGAAAGAGAAGAAGAAGCUGUGCAAAAUAUAGACGAUAAUGUAAAUAUUAAUAUACAAGAAGAAGCUGAGCAAAAUAUAGAGGAUGAUGUAAAUAUUAAUAUACAAGGAGAAGCUGAGCAAAAUAUAAAGGAUGAUGUAAGUAUUAGUAUAUAAGGAGAAGCUGAGCAAAA